GUUCUCUAGAAACGCCACUGACUCGUUACUCACGAAACAACAUAACCCCGCUCCAUCCCACUCAAAUCAGAGCGACCAUCGCCUAUCACUUUCCGUCAAGCUCAGGAUAUACACGCGCACUCGUAGAAGAUAACGUGACUUCUCACUCGUUCACCAUGCCGUACACCACCGACCCGGACUGGGCCGCCGCAUCAGCAAGAUCCCUACAAAACCUAGGCAUCCCCCCAGACACACCGACACCCCGUCAUCCCCGCGGGGACGUCGCCUCCAGGCGAGCUGGCGCCCCGUUCUACGAGAAGUUGCAGACGCUAUACCCGGAGCCGGACACGCCCGUUAAGAAGACGAGAUACGUCACCACUGCACCAGACGGGCAGGAAAUCCCCAUCUUCGGGUAUGAGCUUGAAGCCGAUGGUGAGAUAAGGAAUCAAGAGGGAAAAGAGAGACCAGCAGUCCUGUACAUUCAUGCCGGCGGUAUGAUCUUGUGCACGGCGGAGGAGUGGGACCGCACAGUUAUGCUGGACGUCGCGCGGACAGGGGUCCCGCACUACAGUGCGGAUUAUCGGCUUGCGUCUGAAGCGCGGCAUCCUGUUCCGGUGGAGGAUUGCUACUCUGCGCUUGUCUGGCUGCAUGCGCAGGCACAACACUUGCGGAUCGACGCUGCGCGGAUUGCUGUUGCAGGGCUCAGUGCGGGCGGCGGUCUUGCCGCUGCUGUUGCUAUCAUUGCGAGAGAUAGAAAGUUGCAACCGCCUUUGGCGAAGCAGAUCUUACUGGAGCCGAUGCUGGAUGACCGAAACAUUGUUCCUAACUCAGAACUCGCGCCCUUCGUCACGUGGGAUUGGGACGAUAAUUGGACGGGGUGGAAUGCGCUGUUGGGAGAUAGAACUGGGAGUGAGGACGUGGAGGCAGCUGCUGCGCCGGCGAGGUUGCAGGACUUCAGGGGGUUGCCGCGGGCGAAGCAGGGGUUGAGGUAG